AUGCGGGCAGAGCUGGCGGGCAAGAAGGCAGACACUGAGGCGGACAGACAUGCGGGCAAGAAGGUAGACACUGCAGCAGACAGACAGACGGGCAGGAAGGCAGACACCGAGGCAGACAAGCAGGCGGGCAAGAAGGCAGACACUGCGGCAGACAGACAGACGGGCAAGAAGGCAGACACUGAGGCAGACAAGCAGGCGGGCAGGCAGGCUGACACUGAGGCGGGCCAGCAGGCGGACAGAAAGGCAGACACUGAGGCGGGCAAAGCAGGCGGGCAAGAAGGCAGACACCGAGACAAGCAUGCGGGCAAGAAGGCAGACACUGCGGCAGACAAGCAGGCGGGCAAGAAGGCAGACACUGCGGCAGACAGACAGACGAGCAAGAAGGCAGACACUGAGGCAGACAAGCAGGCGGGCAGGCAGGCAGACACUGAGGCGGGCCAGCAGGCGGACAGAAAGGCAGACACUGAGGCGGGCAAAGCAGGCGGGCAGGCGGGCAAGAAGGUAGACACUGAGGUAGACAGGGAGGCGGGCAAGAAGGCAGACACUGAGACAUACAGACAGGUGGGCAAGAAGGCAGACACUGAGGCAGACAGACAGGCGGGCAAGAAGACAGACGCUGAGGCAGACAGACAGGCGGGCAAGAAGGCAGACACUGAGGCGUGCAGAGCAGGCCGGCAGGAAGGCAGACACUGCGGCAGACAGAGCAGGCGGACAGGAAGGCAGACACUGAGGCAGACAGAGCAGGCGGGCAGGAAUGCAGACACUGAGGCAGACAGGCAGGCGGGCAAGAAGGCAGACGCUGAGGCAGACAGACAGGCGGGCAAGAAGGCAGACGCUGAGGCAGACAGACCGGCGGGCAAGAAGGCAGUCACUGAAACAUACAGACAGGCGGGCAAGAAGGCAGAGACUGAGGUAGACAGACAGGCGGGCAGGAAGGGAAAUACUGAGGCAAACAGACAGGCGGGCAAGAAGGCAGACACUGAGGCAGACAGGCAGGCGGUCAAAAUGGCAGACACUGAGGCGGACAAGAAGGCAGACACUAAGGCGGGCCGAGCAGGCGGACAGAGCAGGCGGGCAAAUCAGGUGGGCAGGAAGGCAGACACUGCGGCAGACAGACAGACGGGCAAGAAGGCAGACAUCGAGGCAGACAGACAGACUGGCAAGAAGGCAGACAUUGAGCGGGCAGAGCAAACGGGCAGGAAGGCAGACACUGAGGCAUACAGACAGGCUGGCAAGAUGGGAGACACUGAGGCAGACAGACAGGCGGGCAAGAAGGCAGACACUGAGGCAGACAGAGCAGGCUGGCAAGAAGGCAGAUACUGA